AUGUUCGAAUCCAACGAAAUCAGGGCAGAUAUAUCGACCAAGUCUGUUCUCGACACUCUAGACACUGUUAGAGAGCUUCCGCUACCGCCAAACUUCCUCUGGGGCGCGGCAACCGCUGCAUACCAAGUCGAAGGCGGGGCCCAACAGGACGGGAAAGGCCCUUCGAUAUGGGACGAAUUUUCUCAUCGUGAGCCUAGUGUUACAAGCGGCGAAGAUGGCGAUAUUGCCUGCGACCACUACAACCGUCUAGCGGAAGAUAUCGCCCUGCUAUCCUCAUAUGGUGUUGACGUCUACCGAUUCUCAAUCUGUUGGUCACGUUUGAUUCCACUUGGAGGCCGCAACGACCCGAUCAAUGAGAAGGGAAUCGCAUUUUACAAUACCCUUAUUGAUGGCUUGAUAGCUCAUGGUAUCAAACCUGCCGUGACACUAUACCAUUGGGAUCUUCCGUUGGAACUACACACGCGUUAUGGUGGCAUGCUGAAUUCUGCCGAUUUUCAGGCCGACUUUGAGCACUAUGCACGACUCUGCUUCUCUCGGUUCGGCGACCGGGUCAAGCAGUGGAUCACCUUCAAUGAGCCCUACAUUGUCGCUCUUUUUGGCUACCACAGUGGUAUCCUAGCACCUGGACACAGUACAAAGACUGGGCACGACUCUACGACCGAGCCGUGGCGAGUGGGGCACAGUCUCAUACUCGCUCACGCUGCUGCGGUUCAAACGUAUGCAACCGACUUUCUGCCCUCGCAGAAAGGCAACAUCUCCAUUGUCUUGAACUCCGACUUCUACGAGCCCUACGAUGCUACAAGUGAGGCUGAUAAGGCGGCAGCACGCCGCAGGCUAGAGUUCUAUGUCGGUUGGUUCGGCGAUCCAAUCUAUCUCGGAGGAGACUAUCCUGAGUCUAUGCGGCAACAGCUGGGUUCUCGGUUACCACAAUUCACAGAAGCUGAACAGGGACUGCUCAAAAAGACUGCACCGCACAAUACUUUCUACGGAAUGAACCACUACACAUCGCAAUAUGCACGAGCACGCACAACACCACCGCAUGAGGAAGACCACACUGGGAAUGUGGAAGAACUUACCACCAACAGCAAAGGUGUCGAGAUUGGCCCAUUGUCUGGCGUUUCCUGGCUCCGAGUGACCCACAAGCAAUUCCGAAAGCUGUUGAACUGGGCUUGGGAUCGAUACCAGCGACCUAUAUACAUUACCGAGAAUGGAUGUCCAUGUCCAGGAGAAAACUCGAUGGCACUGGGUCAGGCGGUUGAUGAUCAAUUCCGCGUCCGGUAUUUCGGAUUGUACAUUGACGCCAUCUCUCAGGCCAUCAACGAAGACGGAGUUGAGGUUGCGGGUUACUACGCAUGGAGUCUCAUGGAUAAUUUUGAAUGGGCUGCUGGAUAUAGUAUUCGCUUUGGCAUUACCCAUGUAGACUUCGCAACAGGAACCCGUACGCCGAAGAAAUCUGCGGCAUAUCUGGAAGAGACUUUCGGAAAGAGGCGUGCAAUACCGCGGAAUGGUAACAUUGCCAACGGAAUCCCAUAA